AUGAAGGUUGCUGGAACUGCUAUUUUGGAAACGCUUAGCCAAGUAAAUAGAAAAAUGGAACACAUUGACCGCCCUUUAAAAGCCCCAAAUGACGAAGUACAGGACUCAGCAGAGGACUCAGCAGAUAAAAUGAGGGAGGACCAGCAUGAAUGCAUGCGUAAAACAUCCUGGACGGUCGUAGUUGUGAAUUUCCUAUUUGGUGUUAUGAUAGGACCGACAGAAUUGCUCAUUGCAGAAAUUAACGUCAUUCCUCGUCCCACUUCCUUAGGCCAUCCUUAUGCUUUAGGUUCGCAGAGAUGGAUCAAGCGCUUGGGACUGAGGUCAACACGGGAAGAUGAUGGCUUUGAGCAAGGGACGGGAACAUGGUGUUGCUCAAUGCAUGAGAGCAGGGAUAUUUGGGGAUGA